CUUGGUAUUGUUUGUUUAAUGGCCUCUAUUUUUACAGUUACUCGUGCUACCAUUUCCUCCUUGAGAUAUAUCGCGAAACUGGAACUCGAUAACAAGAUGUCUGAUGAGGAACUUGUAGGAGAACACGGAGCCCAAUCUUUAAGUGAAUGUGCUGCCACCUGUCAGAAAGAUUGCGGUUUCUUCGGGUACAAUCCUACGCUGAAGAGGUGCCGGACCCACAAGAAGACGUUCACUUCCGGAAUGUCGGACGAAAACGGAUGGCAGUAUUAUUUUCCGGACUCUCUCCCUUCAGAUUGUAAGGAACUUCGUGACAAUGGUUAUGAUAAAUCGGAUGUGUACGAUAUUUACCCAUACGGGAUAAAGUCCAUUCCAGUCAAAGUUCACUGUAACAUGGAUAUAAUGGGCGGCGGGUGGACGGCAAUCCAAAAACGAAUCGAUGGGUCCGUCAGCUUUGACAUGAACUGGACAGACUACAAAAAUGGUUUUGGUGAACCGGAACAGGAAGUUUGGAUUGGAAAUGACGUUAUCCAUCAAUUAACAAAAGAAAACAACUCGUCCCUGUAUGUGUCCAUCACUCUCCAGAAUGGUACAACGCUGUAUGAAAUGUACGGCGGAUUCUCUGUCUCCGACGAAGCAGGAAAAUAUAAACUCUUUCUUGCAGGACCUGCCACUGGAACUUUAGGUGACAGUAUGUUAGAUACAGGUGAUUCUUACUACGAUCUGUCUGGGAUGUACUUUAGUACCCCAGACAGAGACAACGACCGAUACGACAUAAACACUGGACACUGUGCUCAUUUCUACGGAGGAGGCUGGUGGUUCAACCACUGUUACCACGCCUUCCUUAACGGUCCCUGGGCCCCGAAGUUCUGGAUUAGACCAUGGUAUCCUACAGUUAGUUUGGGGAUGAUUGUAAGGGGUACCACCAUGAUGAUCAGACGUCACUAG